AUGGAGUUUUUUUCUCUCUUCAAAAGCAAGAAAAAACCCUCAUUUUCUCCUAUGCUAUGUAGAUUGCCACGUUGUGGUAACCUUAGAACUCUCUCUAUUAGAGAUGAAAAUAAUCACAACAUUUUCAAUUCUCAAAGAUUUUGCAUUAAUGUUGAUGAUGACAUAGUUGAUGAAGUCAUUGAAGGCCUAAAAUUUGAGAAAAAAAGGUUCUUUUUCGAGUCAGGUGAAAAAACAAGUUCGAUUCUUAAUGUUUCAUCAUCAAAAUUGUCAAAAAGUAUUGGUAAUAAGAGGCUCGAGUUUCCACCAUCUGAUGAAUCAUGUGUUAUAACACAUAUAGAUUCGAUUGAUGCUUAUGGGGAAACAAGUACUAGGUCAAUUUUUAAAGGGUCAUCGUCAAGAUUGACAAAGAAUGAUUAUAGUACUAGUAAUAACAAGUUUGAGUCUCUACCAUUGAACAACUCGUGUGUUAUAUCACCUAGUGCUAUGAGGGUAACUUCGAUAGAUCCUUAUGGAUAUAUCAAGAAAUAUAUGGAAAUCACGGUUGAAGAAAAUCAAGGGAUCAAAGAUUGGAAGGAGUCUCUUAAAGAGAUAUGUGCUUGGUAUUUGGAGAAUAAUGAUAAUGAUAAAAACAUUCAUAAGUUUAUUAUUGGUGCAUUUUGUGAUUUGUGGAUGAGCUAUUCAGGUACUUCAACAACAAAUACUCCAUUUGGAUUUAGUACUAGUGAACCUCCUAGUCCUUAUUUCAUGUCUUUGAUAGAAGCUAAGGCUGAUCAAAUCAUUGCAACAUCAACAUCCAGUGUAAUUCCAUAA